CGCGCGCGCAUAUAUAAAGUCAUGAUACGAUAUAAUCUUAUAUAUACACACAUGUGGACAUGUACAUAAAAAAAUAGAUAGAUAAUUUGAAAUAGGUAAGCAGUGCAGUGAUAGAUACCAACGGAUACGGUCCUCAGUACUACAUUACUUGUAUAAUUUACCAAAAGAUACGCGCAACACGUUUAAAAAGUUACAGGCACGUGGAUGUGUAAAUUGAAUUGUGCGCCAAAAUGUAUUCGAAGACAAUUCGCAGUAGAACACGUAAUUUUUUAAAUAGAUUUUUCAGCAGUACAACAGAUACAGAGAAAGAAAAGCCUGAUAGAAUAGGCAAUCCUAAUAUAGAGGCAGUUGCAUCCCAAGCUAGUCCAGUGCCAACACCGCCUCCAGAUCCUAUUAGGCCUAUGCCACAAAUUCCAGAUGCAGAUGUGCCAACUGCAAAAAUUUUUGUUGCACUUUAUGAUUAUGAUGCACGUACAGAUGAAGAUUUAAGCUUUAGGAAAGGUGAACAUCUAGAAAUCUUGAAUGAUACUCAAGGAGAUUGGUGGUUAGCUAGAAGUAAAAGAACUCGACAAGAAGGAUAUAUACCCAGCAAUUAUGUAGCAAAAUUGAAAUCUAUAGAAGCAGAACCAUGGUACUUCAGAAAAAUUAAACGAAUUGAAGCUGAGAAGAAGUUAUUAUUGCCUGAAAAUGAUCAUGGUGCAUUUUUAAUCAGAGACUCUGAAAGUAGACACAAUGAUUAUUCCCUUUCAGUGCGUGAUGGUGAUACAGUUAAGCACUAUCGCAUUAGGCAAUUGGAUGAGGGUGGCUUCUUCAUUGCUAGAAGAACCACAUUCAGGAACCUUCAGGAUCUUGUUGAACAUUACAGUAAAGAUGCUGAUGGGCUGUGUGUGAAUCUGUGCAAACCCUGUGUACAGGUUGAGAAACCUGUAACUGAGGGUCUUAGUCACCGUACGCGAGAUCAAUGGGAGAUUGACCGUUCUUCUCUCAAAUUUGUGAGAAAAUUAGGCCAGGGUCAGUUUGGAGAAGUAUGGGAAGGAUCAUGGAAUAAUACAACUGCAGUGGCAAUAAAAACACUCAAACCAGGAACUAUGGAUCCAAAAGAUUUCUUGGCAGAAGCACAAAUUAUGAAGAAACUUCGUCAUGCAAAAUUAAUUCAAUUAUAUGCUGUUUGUACCUUGGAAGAACCUAUUUAUAUAAUCACAGAACUGAUGAGGAAUGGUAGCUUGUUAGAAUAUUUACAAGGCAAAGGAAAAACAUUAAAUCUACAACGAUUAAUAGAUAUGGCUGCACAAAUUGCAGCGGGUAUGGCGUAUCUUGAAUCACAAAAUUAUAUUCAUAGGGAUUUAGCUGCUCGUAAUGUUUUAGUAGCAGAAUUAAAUGUCGUGAAGAUUGCAGAUUUUGGAUUAGCUAGACUGAUUAAAGAAGACGAAUAUGAAGCUCGAAUAGGAGCGCGGUUUCCAAUUAAAUGGACUGCACCUGAAGCUGCAAAUUAUAGUAAAUUCAGCAUUAAAUCCGAUGUAUGGUCAUUUGGUAUUCUUCUGACAGAAUUGGUUACUUAUGGUAGAAUACCAUAUCCGGGUAUGACAAAUGCUGAGGUUCUGCAUCAAGUAGAACAUGGUUAUAGGAUGCCAUGCCCACCUGGUUGCCCAACUGCAUUGUAUGAUAUUAUGUUAGAAUGUUGGAAUAAGGACCCCAUGAAGAGGCCAACUUUCGAAACAUUACAGUGGAAACUGGAGGAUUUCUUUACUAUGGAAGGCUCCGAGUAUAAAGAAGCAUCUGGAUAUUAAAGUA